AUGGAGAAGUUGCCGGCGCUGGCAUCGUCGUUGAGUAGAGGGGCAGUCAGCUGGCACGGUCGUCGCGACGCCGAUUUCCCGAACAGUCGACGCCGAACGUCGUUUCGCGUGCAGUGCAUAUCGAUCUUGUCUUUUUCACACAAUUCGGGACUCACAGAGUGCGAACAGGAACCGUUCGUGAUAUGCCCACUUAGAGGAUGUUUGUUGUUUGUGGUUCGGGUUCGUUCCGUUCGAUUUGACAUGCUGUAGCCGACGAAGAGAGCAGACGGAAAAUGAGUGUUUUCGUAAUACUUGCGGCGUGCACGUUUUCCUCGUGUUUGGCCGCUUGGCAGGAGAAUGUCAGGCCGAAGAUGUAUGUCCAAUUAGGUAAGUUGAAAUUCCAUUUCUAUUGAAUGUUCCGGCGAAUUGGCGCAGUCGAAAGGAUAGACACACUAUUACACUAAUUACAUUGAUAACAAAAUACUGUUAUACGAC